CACACACACACACACACCCUGCUGCUGCAGCUCUAUAAAACCACACACACACACACAGAGUCAUCUAAUGCAGGAGGAACUUUCUACCUGAAGCAUCAUGGGCGUCAUCCUCUCUCAGAUCUUCUCCAGGUUCACCUCCAGGACACCGGUCAGGAUUUUAAUGGUGGGUCUGGAUGCAGCAGGGAAAACUACUCUGCUGUACAGACUGAAGUUGGCCGAGGUCGUCACCACCAUCCCAACUAUUGGUUUUAAUGUGGAGACAGUGGAGUAUAAGAACAUCAGUUUCACAGUUUGGGAUGUUGGUGGUCAGUCUGUCAUCAGACCUCUGUGGAGACACUACUACACUAACACACAGGGUUUGAUAUUUGUGGUCGACAGCAACGACCCCGAGAGGAUUAAAGAGGCUGCAGAUGAGCUGCACAGGAUGCUGGAGGAGGACGAGCUAAGAGGCGUGGCCGUGCUGGUUCUAGCCAACAAACAGGAUUUGCCCAGAGCCAUGUCCGCCAGUGACAUCACUGCGUCCCUGAGCCUAUCAGGGAUCUCACAGCCGUGGUUUGUCCAGGCGUCCUGUGCCGUCAGCGGUGCAGGUCUGGUCGAGGGUCUGGACUGGCUCUCCAACCAGGUCCUCAAACAGUAGGAGCUGACGUGAAGCCGCGGUGUCUUCAAACACGCCGGGCUGCGAACUGAGGGUGAAUCCAGGAGAAACACGAAGAUGAAUCCAGCUCAGUGCAAAGACGUUUAACUGUUGUGAUCGCAGCCUCCUCAAAUAUCACAGUGAUUUAUUAUAAAAUGACACUGAAGCACUGAAGUCAAAUUCAAUUUAACUUAACGUAAAAUGCUGAUAUGAAGCGAACAAAGAUGGCCGAAGUUUAUGGUGUGACAAUUAUUCCAAUAUUUCCAUGUUGCUGCAGAAAUAUUGCGCAGCGACACCAGGCGUCAGAAAACAACAUCUACUUGACUUGUCGUUGUUUCUUUGGGAAAAAUGGAUUCACGUUGUUUUGUGUAUCUGGUGAUCUGUUAAAUAUUUUAAAGCACCAGUUUUACAGGGAAACCAAAUUUAACGGCACUGAGCAUCUUUAUCUUUUUAUCUGUUACUGUAUUAUUUUACAUAAUUAAUAAUUUAUAAAACCGGACAUAGAGACAGUAAUUGUAGCUUUUGAGUCAUUACCCUGAUGUUUCUUCAGCUCAGACGUUUCUAUUUCUAUUUUUUCACAUAUCAGAUGUAAAGUAUUUGUUUAUAUUAAAGUUUUUAU